AUGGACGUCGAAGAUCACGUGGUCCCUUCGGGCCAGCAUUACAGCGGGCGCAAUCGCGUCCCCAACAUCCAGCAAUUUAUGGACCAGCUGGACACGGAGAAGAAGGAGAGGGAUGCCGCCAUAGACGCCCAGCUCAAGGAGAACAAGCAGAGCAAAGAGGCUGUAGAUCACAACAACGAUGAGAAACCGCAGAAAAAGGGCCUGCGCACGGUGCGAGACCCCGUCACAGGCAAAGAUGUUCAGAUCCAGGACGCGAAAAUGGACUUCAAAGAAGCCGUGGAAAACCCCAAGUUGUGCAUCCCCAAUGAGAAUUUGGGCAAGGAGGCCACCAUUGCCACGUCGUCAAAGCAGUCCGGCGAGGAGUAUCGGUAUGCGCAGGACGUCACCGCACCCCCGGAUCCCAUCCAAGAAGGCUCCACGUCCGAUGUGCCGAUCCGGAGCGAGAAGACAUCGGUCCUGUUUUACAAGACGCCCUCGGUCAGCUACGAGCCCAUGUUUGCCACGUUGGAGAAGAAGGGCAACGUGCUGUGCGCUGGCAUCUUCGUCGCCGUCAUCGUUGUCGGCAAGUUCUUUGGCGGACGGCUGCUCGGCCUUGUUCCCCUGGGCUUUUGCAUUGCGUCGGGCGUGUUUCUGUGGAUCAAGGAUCUCAUCCGCCAGGGCCGCGAUCUCGAGUGGUCGAGCGAGCAGGAGCGAGGCGAGACUGCAACUGUCAACCUCAUCCCCGAGUCUGUGGAAUGGAUGAAUACCAUGAUUGGCAUCGUGUGGGGGCUGAUCAACCCCGAGAUGUUUGCCGCUGUUGCCGACACGUUGGAGGACGUCAUGCAGGCCUCUGUCCCGGGCAUCGUGGAAAACAUCCGAGUCGCCGACAUCUCCCAGGGCAGUAAUCCGAUCCGAAUUCUCAACAUGCGGGCUUUGCCAGACAGCCACGUAACGGAUAUCAAGGACGAAAUCCACAGGCAAAACAAGGAGAAGAUGGACAAGGACGAACUCGCAGCGGUCGAGCAGGCCGGGGACUUCUACAACAUGGAAGUCUCCAUUGCAUACCACGCCAAGCCUUCGGGCGAGGAUGUCGCGUCAAAAGCCAAGAACAUGGGCAUGCAAAUUGUCUUUUAUCUCGGCGUCAAGGGGCUCUUUGGCGUUCCUCUUCCCAUUUGGGUCGAACUCGUUGGUCUCGUUGCCACGGCUCGCGUCCGCUGCCAGUUGACUCCCGACCCGCCAUUCCUCAAGACUGUUUCCUUCACCUUGAUGGGAGUCCCUCAUGUCCAGGCUGGCUGCACGCCCAUGAUUGAAAAGGGCGUCAACAUCCUGAACCUCCCCUUGAUUUCCAAUUUUGUGAACUGGGCCAUCCGCGCGGCGGCAUCCAUGUACGUGGCGCCAAAGAGCAUGACGCUCGACAUGAGCAAAAUGCUGCAGGGCGAUGACAUUCAGAAAGACACCCAGGCCCUGGGAGUGAUAUUCAUCCGAAUUCACAAAGCCACCGGGCUCAGCAAGCAGGACCAGAGAGGUAGCAAGGGCGGCGGUUCUGACCCCUACAUCACCGUCAGCUGGAGCAAGUUUGGUAAACCUCAGUAUUGCACGCGUGUCAUCCAAGAUGAUCUGAACCCCAUCUUUGAGGAAACAUGCGGCCUUUUGGUGACGAGUGACCUCAUCAAGGCAGACGAGCAGCUGUCAAUGGAGCUCUGGGACAGUGACCGAUCUUCGGCCGACGACGUUGUUGGCAAGGUGGAACUCAGCAUCCAGAAGCUCAUCCAGCAUCCUGGAAAGAUGUUCCCGCAGGUUUCGAAGCUCCGUGGCGUCAAGGCCGACAGCAGCAUGCCAGGAGAGCUUCACUGGGAAGUAGGCUUCUUUGGCAAGACGCAGUUCCGCAAGGCUCUUCGCACCCACGGAAAGGACCUGAAGCUUCCCAAGGAGCUCGCCGACAAGCCCGAAUUCCAGGAAGAAAAGGGCACCGUUGCCAACGACGAAGAGGAUUCCGUCAUACACACGCCGCCCGAUCCCCUCUGGCCCUCGGGCAUCCUCAGCAUUGUCGUACACCAAAUCGUCGGCCUCGAGCUGGCCAACAUCAAGGGUUCUGACGGGAAGCGCAAAGGCAAAGAGUACGAGCCGGCGCGGCCCGAGGCGGGCGCGGUGAAGGAAGAGCAAAGCCGGAAGCUCCCGAGCUCCUACUGCACGAUUCUCAUCAACGACGACCUGGUGUACAAGACUCGCGUCAAGGUGGUGUCGUCUCAGCCCAUCUUCAACGCCGGCACGGAAAGGUUCAUCCGGGACUGGCGGUCCGGCGUCGUCACCGUUUCGGUGCGGGACUCCCGCAACCGCCAGCACGAUCCGCUGAUUGGCGUCGUGCCGCUGAAGCUGUCGGAUAUCCUGCAGACGAGCAGUGAAUCGACCCGGUGGUACCCCCUCGACGGGGGCAUUGGCUUCGGCCGCAUCCGAAUCUCCAUCCUGUUCCGCUCGGUCGAGCUCAAGCUCCCGCCUGCCCAGCUCGGCUGGGACAUUGGAACCUUUGAGUUCUUGUCCGAAGCGCUCACCACGACCGGGUACGCCCCCGGCUCCAAGGUCAGUCUCAGGCUGCGAACUGGAGGGUCCUCGGCGAGUCUCAAACGCCGGGCUUGCACAAAGCGCGCCGAUGGCCUCGAGAUUGAUAUCUCCGGCGGCCAGGACGGCAAGAAGCUGCGUCUUCCGGUCCGCCACCGAUACCGGUCGCCGAUCUUCGUCGAGUUCCGACCGUCGGGCAGACGGCACGCAGAUGCGUACGCGGCCCUGUGGCUGCUGGAGCUCGUGGACGGCGAGGAGCGGGACUUUGACGUGCCCGUCUUCAAGUGCGACAACAGCGUGCGCCUCUCGCAGAACUACAUCACGCAGGAGAACUACAAGGAGAUCCCGGACACGCACAUCGAGGAAGUCGGCAGGCUCAGGUUCAGGGGCCGCUUCUCGCCGGGCACCGACUCGGACCACGUCAGGUUCGUCAGCGACAACGACUCCCGCGAGACGAUCGAAAGCUGGGAGGCCUGCUAUGCCGAGGGCGUCAGGCAGCAGGAGGUGCGGGCAGAGGUGCCGCCGCUCGUGCAGAAGCUGCACGACCAGUCGCUGAGCCAGGGCCGCGACGUGCUCGCGCAGGCGGGCGAGGAGGACAAGGAGAGGUGGCUGGCCAAGGACGGCACCGACUGGAGCGGCGCGUUUGGCCAGGAUCCCAAGCAGCUCAUGGCUCGACGGAAUGGCGAUCAGGCAGUCGGCGAGGAGGACGAUGACCUUGAAGACGGCGGCGGCGACGAAGACGAAGACGAAGACGAGGAGGAGGAGGACGACGACGAGAAUGGCAGUCCCAACCUUGGCAUCCACGACGCCAUGUCGGAGCCCCCCGAGGGCGGUGAUGCUGGCGGUCGCCCGUCCGUAGACACCGACGUCACCAGUAGCAGCGGCUCCAAGAAUCCCUACAGGGCGUACAAGGACUACAAGGACAACAGCAGGGACCUGCACCGCAAGCAUAGGGGCCUGAUGCAGUGGCGUCCGAUGCGCAACGCGCAGUUUGCCAAGGACGAGGCCAAGUUUGCGCUGAGAAAGAUUACGAAGCUCGGGGCGCUUGACGGUCGUGAACCGGACGUGGAAACGGAAGUCUGA